GGGGGCCGGGGCGGGGCCGGGGGAGGCGCUGCGCAUCUGCAAGGCUGCCGUCGCGCAUGCGAACGAAGCCCAGACGGCUGAAGCCGCCGCCGCCGCUGCCUCCGCUGCUGCCGCCCUACUGCCGAAGCUGCCGCCUCCACUCCCGGGAGCAUGAAGGACCGGACCCAGGAGCUCCGCACGGCAAAGGACAGCGACGAUGACGAUGAGGUCACUGUUACCGUGGACCGAGACCGCUUCAUGGAUGAGUUCUUUGAGCAGGUGGAAGAGAUCCGAGGUUUCAUCGACAAGAUCUCAGAGAAUGUGGAAGAGGUGAAGAGGAAACACAGUGCCAUCCUUGCCGCCCCCAAUCCUGAUGAGAAGACAAAAGAAGAGCUGGAAGAACUCAUGUCAGACAUAAAAAAGACCGCCAACAAAGUCCGAUCCAAGUUAAAGAGUAUUGAACAGAGCAUCGAGCAGGAGGAGGGACUGAACAGGUCAUCUGCAGACCUGAGGAUUCGGAAGACACAGCACUCGACGUUGUCCCGGAAGUUUGUGGAGGUCAUGUCCGAGUACAACGCCACCCAGUCUGACUACAGGGAGCGUUGCAAGGGCCGAAUCCAAAGGCAACUGGAGAUCACUGGCAGGACCACCACAAGUGAGGAGCUCGAAAACAUGCUGGAGAGCGGGAACCCUGCCAUCUUUGCUUCAGGGAUCAUCAUGGACUCCAACAUCACAAAACAAGCGCUGAGCGAAAUUGAAACAAGGCACAGUGAGAUCAUCAAACUGGAGAACAGCAUCCGAGAGCUUCACGACAUGUUCACAGACAUGGCCAUGCUGGUAGAGAGCCAGGGUGAGAUGAUUGACCGCAUCGAGUACAAUGUGGAGCACUCUGUGGACUAUGUGGAGCGGGCCGUGUCGGACACCAAGAAAGCCGUCAAAUACCAGAGUAAAGCCCGCAGGAAGAAAAUCAUGAUUAUCAUCUGCUGUGUGAUCCUGGGCAUCGUCAUCGCCUCCACGUUUGGGGGCAUCUUUGGAUAGACUCUCACCCCUUCCAUCUCCACCAAUUUUGGACCAUCCACAACGAGGAGGUGCCAACAGCUGCUGCUAACCACUGGGGCCCCUGGGGAAACGUCUCCUCUUCACCUUGGGGCCCAGAGCCCCUCCCCCCUUGUGCUCGUGCUCCGCUCCCCUCCCCCCACACCACAAGGGCUGGCCCCCUCCCAGAGCAGCUGAGCCAUGUCAUGUGCAUGAUCUCAUUGUAACACUGUGUGUGUCUGUGUGGAAGGGGCAUUUGGACCUUGGGGGACGAGGGGACAGAACGUGGGAGUGGGGUGGGACAAGGAAUGGAAGACUGGGGUAGAAAGGGCUAGGGCUUCAGCUCCAUGACUGGAAUGCCAGGGAGUGGAAUCAGGAAAGGGAAGGAGCAGCCACGGGGCCCAAUAACCCCAAGAGGCCGCUGAUAAUUCCCCAAAUCCCCCCAGUGCAAGGGGCCUAGAGAGAGAGAGGUAGGCCAGGCCAGGCGCCAGAUGCCUCAGCCCCAACCCACUCAUUCCCUUAGUGAAGGCCACCCUGGGCUGAGCCGCAGAUCCAUCCUCCUGGUCCUGGCUGCUUCCCUCCCAGCUCAGGGGCUAGAAUCACUCCUUCAGCAAGCCCCAUCUCUGCCCCUUUCUCUGACCUUUGACCGCCCCAUCCUGAAUCGAGUCUAGCAAUGGCCAAAAAUAGGGUAGGGGCCACUUGGUGCUGUUGCCCACUUCUCAGGGAGGGGGGAGCCUUGAGGGACCAGUGGGGUAACACUACUGAUCACUGCCAGGCUGGGUUCAGGGUGCUGCCCAGGAUUUGGACCUCCAUCCCUUUCCAGCUCUGGCUCAUCUCUAUGAGAGCCUAGAGAAAAAUGAAGAACAUCUAGGUCUGUCCCUAUCUUCCAUCCACCCCACAAGCCUGAAGGGCAAACCUUUCUCUGCCCCUUUCCCUGGGGGAGGGUCCUCCUGGAACCUACAGGCUGCCCAACUUCUGUCCCCCCCUUCCCCUGGAGACCCUGUGAUGGGAGGAAGGAGCAGCCAGGCCUCAGCUCUCAGGCGGCAGGGACAGGAGCUGUCCCAGAGGGAGUCUCCUCCAGCACCCUUGGGGAUGGGGGUCCCUGCGCCCCGUGUAUGUUGCAUGUACAGGGCAUGCUCCCUGACUCCCAUGCUUCACUGUGCCCUUCCUCUGCCUUCUCCCUCCCCUGAUGUGCCUUGUGCCAGGUUUGAUGGGGGUGUCUCAUAGACACAGUAUUCACCAGCCAGCAGGAGGGGCCUCUCCUCCCCACUGUUUGGGACUUUGGGGGAAGUUUAAAAACAAAAUCCCCACUUGAAGCUGCCCUUGCCCCAUUUCUCCCUCCUUUCUGUGGGUGCCCGGGCAGGCACGGGUUCUUCCUGGGUGGGGUGUGUGUGUGUGUGAGUGUGUGUGUGUGCAUGGUGCCCUGGCCAGGGCUGUAUCCGUGCCCGUCUGUGCCCCUGCCUCUCUAAGGCUUUGCUCCAGCCCAGUGACUGUGACCACUGUCCUGUGCUGCCUUUCCAGCCGCUACCCUGCCCAUCUCCUCUCCCUUCUCACCAAAGCUCUUGGUGCAAACCAGCUGCCCAUUUUGUGAAAUUUUUAUGUAGAAUAAACAUUUGUAUCUGUACCAGG